AUUUAUUUCCAAAGCAAAUUGCAGUCAACAAACAUUAGAAUAAAAUGGUCGCAAUAAAAUUAUUAUUUUUGACCGUUUUCACACUUUCUAGCUUGUUAAGCGGUGUUAUUCUUAAGGAACCGGAACCACUGAGAGGAGCUCAAUAUGUAGCUGCUGAAAAUAUGUUAAAGACUGCCUUGAAUAAGGUAAUUGAUGAAGAUGGUCCUGAAUUUAAAUUAAAGAUUGUGUAUUCGGUGACUAAUAAAGAAGUUUCUAAUUUAUCUGUGGAUACUUACAAUGUGGAUCUAUUUUAUGAAGGAACUGUCAGGCCGUGCAAAGUCAAAAUCUGGACUCGACCAUGGACACCGUGGAUUGUCAAAGGCAUUAAGAUCGUUUGUGAUAAAAACCUGCAAUUUGAAAAGGAUUUCUGAUCAAUCUUCCAAUAGAUUUCUUCUUAUUUUAUAUAUUCAUAUAUGUUAUGUAUCACUAUAGUGAUAACUGUCAAUUUAAAUAACAAAAUUACAUUCAAAACAAAGAUGAAAGCUACCGUCGAGUGUUCUCGACUGUGAAAUACCCGCUACUAAUUUUCAAUAAAACAAU